AUGUGGUUACUAUGGCAACCCUGCUUGGCAGGGUUUCUGCUCCAAGUGCUGGAGGGAAGAGUACCACAAAGCAAGGCAGAAGCAGAUUCAGGAGGACUGGGAGCUGGCCGAGCGGUAAAAGGACUAAGAGGGGUGUUUAACUGGGAAACGGUUGGAUGUGCAGUUCUGCCACUGUCAGAAUCCGCUUUUCUCUCCUCUGGCGAGCUACCCUCCUGCUGUUCCGAUACAAGGAACACGGAGGCUGUCUGGCUUGUUCUCAAUUCUCUCUUGAAUUGCAGACUUCAGCGGGAGGAGGAAGAGGCCUUUGCCAGCAGCCAGAGCAGCCAGGGGGCCCAGUCCCUCACAUUUUCCAAGUUUGAAGAAAAGAAAACCAAUGAGAAGACCCGCAAAGUGACCACAGUAAAGAAAUUCUUCAGUGCUUCGUCCAGGGUUGGAUCAAAAAAGGAAAUUCAGGAAGCAAAAGCUCCCAGUCCUUCCAUAAACCGGCAAACCAGCAUUGAGACGGAUAGAGUGUCUAAAGAGUUCAUAGAAUUUCUCAAGACCUUCCACAAGACAGGCCAAGAAAUCUAUAAGCAGACCAAGAUGUUUUUGGAAACAAUGCAUUACAAAAGGGAUCUAAGCAUUGAGGAACAGUCAGAGUGUACUCAGGAUUUUUACCAGAAUGUGGCUGAAAGAAUGCAGACUCGUGGAAAAGUGCCUCCUGAAAGAGUUGAGAAGAUCAUGGAUCAGAUCGAAAAGUACAUCAUGACUCGUCUCUAUAAGUACGUGUUCUGUCCAGAGACUACCGACGACGAGAAGAAGGAUCUCGCUAUUCAGAAGAGGAUCAGAGCCCUGCACUGGGUCACACCUCAGAUGCUUUGUGUCCCUGUUAAUGAAGAAAUUUCAGAAGUGUCCGAUAUGGUGGUGAAAGCAAUCACAGAUAUCAUCGAGAUGGACUCGCAGCGGGUGCCGCGGGACAAGCUGGCCUGCAUCACCCGCUGCAGCAAGCACAUCUUCAACGCCAUCAAGAUCACCAGGAAUGAGCCGGCCUCGGCCGACGACUUCCUCCCGACCCUCAUCUACAUCGUCCUGAAGGGCAACCCCCCGCGCCUGCAGUCCAACAUCCAGUACAUCACCCGCUUCUGCAACCCCAGCCGGCUGAUGACCGGCGAGGACGGCUACUACUUCACCAACCUGUGCUGUGCUGUGGCUUUCAUCGAGAAGCUGGAUGCUCAGUCUUUGAAUUUAAGUCAGGAAGAUUUUGAUCGAUACAUGUCUGGCCAGACUUCUCCCCGGAAGCAGGAAUCUGAGAACUGGUCUCCUGACGCUUGCCUGGGGGUCAAGCAAAUGUACAAGAACUUGGAUCUUCUGUCUCAGUUGAAUGAACGGCAAGAAAGGAUCCUGAGUGAAGCCAGGAAACUGGAAAAAGAUCUCAUAGAGUGGACAGAUGGGGUCGCUAAACAGGUUCAGGACAUCGUUGAGAAAUAUCCCCUUGAGAUCAAGCCCCCGAAUCCGUCUUUAGCAGCUAUUGACUCUGAAAAUGUUGAAAAUGAUAAACUUCCUCCACCGCUGCAACCUCAGGUGUACGCAGGAUCACGGAGCGCACGUGGGUGGCAUUUGUUUGAGCCUCAACUGUAGCGAGUCCUUCCUGCAGCGUGGUUGGGGUCUAGACGGCAACUUAAUCACUUCUACGCGUCGGAGCAUUUUUAAAGGUACAGUUUGUGGGGAUUGUUUUGUUUGUUUUUCCUGGCAGGGGAAGCUUAGUAAAUAAUAAAAUACUAUUUAUUUGAGUUAUGGAAAUAGAUUCAUUUAAGGUUUAUGUGCAAGUUUUAUCUAAAUCUCUUUUUUCUCCAUGAUUUUCCUAAGUGCUUCCUCUGUGGCAUUCACUGUGGUUUGGAUUUGGGUAAAUAAUUGCCUUUAAAGGAUAAAACAAAUGAAUGCUACAAAAUGUAUGUUGAAGGGAAUUCAAUGGUACCACUAUUCUACAGUUUGAAAUAUUUUAUAAUUGUAAAGAUAGAAGAUAUAUUGAUAAGUAAAUAUGUAAAAUUGUAAAUAUGUAAAAACAAGAAAAGGAAUGGUGUCUGCUGUGCAUGGCAUUUCAUGUGUUAAUUUGUUUAGUUCAAAAUGAAGUAUAUUGACUGUUCACCUUUAACUCCGUUCUGUUCGGUGUGCCCACCUCAGUGAGUCCAGAAGUGCUUAGACAGACUCCCCUGAAGCCUCGGCUCCAUCUUCAACAGUACGUCAGCCCUGACCUGGCCUCCGUAUGGUCAGAGACUGUGACGCCAUUGAGGUUCAGAGUAACUUUUAGGUCCCAUGAAGUUGCUGUUCAGGGUCAUUGGAAGAGUUUGAACUGUGCUUCUUGCAUCUUUUUCUUCUACUCAUUCAGGAAAUAUUUAUCGAGUUCUUUUGAAGGAGCUGGUCCUGGGUCUGGACCGGACGACAGGAGUGAACAGGACUGCACUGGGGAGAGCGGUGGGGGAUCCCUCCGAGCUCUGAUGUGCACAGCUGCCUUUCUGCCUCCGUAGCGGGCGUUUGACUUGAUGGACAACCCAGACACACGUCCUGUAAACCUCUUCCAGGGUUUUUCCACCUCAGUACUACUGACAUCUGGGGCCGGAGGAUCUUUUGUUCUGGGCGCUUCCCUGUGCAUUGUAGGGUGUUUAGCAAUAUUCCUGGCUUCUGACCCACUAGACACCAGUGGCACCCCCCACAGUUGUGCAAAAUUAUCUCCAGACAUUACCACGUUUCCAGGUUGGAGCAGGGUGGCAAAAUCGCCCCCAGUUAGGAACAACUCAUCUGUUCCCUAUGUGAGGAAGUUCUCCUGCUGGUGGUUAAUACAAUGUAACCAAAGAAUAUUGCAUUAAAUGCACAGAACAGUUAACUGAUAGUCAUGGAGGUUCUUCAGCCACUGGCACCGCGGAACCUUUUCUAACCCUAACGGAACCCUUCAUCACCUAAGUGUGGUCCUCCCCCCAGGCAGUGAUUUCUACAGAUGACCAGUGGACCUGUGAAACUGUGCACCUGUGCAUCCUGCCCAGGGCCCCAUUCUGAAACGAGGUCACAUCACAAGCAGUUAAGGUUUCUUUGCUUUCCCAGUAUCUUCCUGGUAGUGUACCACAGAUCUGUAGUGCAAUAAUUUUGGAAUAAAACUAGGGUAAAUAUACAACUUUUUAUCCUUUCCUUAAAUUUACAUGUAAGGUCCAUCGGGUCGACACACCUGUUGUCAUAACGCACUGAAGACGUUCACAGUGACCUGGGUCACCUGUCACCGCGCUCACGGGAAGUGCGGCGAGUCACUGCAACAGGCCAGUGAGGAUCUGCACUUAGAAACCCGGGCCCCACUGACCUCCGUAGAAAGCGCUGCCCUUUCCCAUUGUUCUUUUCUAUGUACUUUCUAGGUGCUAAUCCAGGUAUACACAUUCUUAACUCUCCUGGGAAUACAGUUCUUUCAGUCGUUGUACCCUGUUUGUUAAAUAAAAUGUGCAUAUUGGCCUCCCACAAAA